AUGCCUGGCGAUGUGGGCCCUGUCAUAUCAAUGCUCUACCGCCGAGAUGCGCUCUUCAGCUUGGCGACUUUAUUGAGCGAGAACAAGAGUUUCAAAAUCGUCUUCGGCGUGGUAUGGAUUAUAUGUGGCCUCCUCUUGCUCUUCUUUGGGCUUGACUCCUUUCGCUGGCUGAGCUCCUUCCGCUCCAAAGGCUCCUCCAUCCCUUCGACCAAACAGCCUCGCAGAAUUCUGGGAGCAGGAGUUGGAGGCAUACUCAUUGGGUUCCUGGCCGGGAGCACCCUCUCGAUCUUGCUCAUCACUAGCUUCGCGACAAGACAAAGCUCGACUCUGACCCCCGGCGGACUACUCGUAGCCUGGCUCAUACCGGGUCUGAUCGUCGCGCCGCUCGCCGGUCACUUCAGCUUUCUAUCGAGAGUGUUGACAGGCUUACUCGGAAGUAUGAACCUCGUUCUGUUACUGACGGCGCUAGGCGGCGUACACACACUCGCGACUCGAGCAGCAUUACUCGUGGUGGCGGCACCAGUGCUUACUGUUCCUCUUCUUAUACCGCCCAAGUCUCGCUGGGGGCAAGUCAAGUGGUGGCUGCUGAACAUCAACACCUCCUUCGUUGGAGCGAUGAUCUUCCUGGAUGGGAUAGCCCUCUUUGCCUCACCGCAAGAUACAUCUCACGCUUGGCUCGAUCUCUGGACUCUCCUCUUCGCCCCUGAUCUCGGAGCUUCAGAGUCGACGAUCGUACAGCAGUGGGGUACAACUGCCUUCAAGGGGUACGUUGCUGGCGCCAUCAUUCUCGUUUUGGCCGGUAUAGCAUUCGAGUGGUACUUUGAUCAUUGUGCAGAUGAGGAUGUAGGGGAAGAGUGGAGCGACUAUCUAGGCGUAUCUACUGAACAGGCGGAGAAGGACACUGAAGGCAGGCCCGAUGCAGCUUACAUGCCUGAGAUGGGAGGAAGCAGAGCAUAUGGUGAGGUGAGGGCGGGUAUCUUAGACGUACCUCAAUCACUCUGGGCCCGCAUCAAGAGCCACGGUAGAUAUCGACGAGGAGCUCCUGCAGCCUAUGGAGGAUAUAGCGAGGGGAGGAGUACCCCGUUGGCCGAACAGCCGUCGUAUACAGAGCGAGUAGCCUCCAUACGGAGCUUUAGAAGAUCCGGUCGGAGGCCGGCUAGGUAUGUUCCUCACGAGGACGAGGAAGCCAUUGACGGGGACUUCGACGUCGAAUUCGAGGGAGUGUAUGCUUAUGCCGAUCAGCAGAAAGAUGGUCUGCAUCUCGCGAUACCCCAGUACACAUCUCCCGGCAUGCCUCGGAUCCCGUCCUACAGCUCAGAACCACACCAGUCACAGUCGUCCAGUCUGAUCAGUGGCUCGACGGCUGUGGAGAAGACUGGUGAGGAGAUAUCUCAGAAGGAUCUCGACAAUGUAUCACCUCCAGCAACAGCAUUCUCCGGCGAUCUGGCUUCUCAAGAAUCCCCUGGUCAAGUUACUGCUACGCCCUCUCUGCUGAACGCUGUUGAGCGAAUCCAGCGCGCUCAGCAAGAGACCAGGAUGGACGCCGAGUCGCAGAGCGUAUGCUAUGCGAGUGCUAUUUGA